AUGGCCCCAAAGAUUCCUGGCUUCUAUUAUGAUGAGGAUAAGAAGAAAUAUUUCCAGGUCCAGGCUGACCAUGUUGCCCCUCCCGGUGCACAAUAUUCUGCCAGGGUGCUGAAGCGCAAGGCCAGCGACCAGAUCAGACGUAAGCGAAAGGAAGAACUCGCUCAGCGCACGGCCAAUGAGAUGGUCACCAGAGGUGCCGCUUUGGCACAGCCCCUGGUCACUGUUCAUCGAGAGAUUGGGCUCGAGAUGCCCGGUGGUGCAAUGCGUGAGAAGUAUUCCCGUCUCCAAGCAAGCCAACUGCACCGAGAGGAACUACACAAGUUCGAGCCUUACCCAAGGGCGAACACGAUUCGACAGGUCGUGCGCAACCCACGCUCUGGAACUUUGAUUGCCAGUAAAUUACCCUCCAAAUUCUUGGCUUUCACGUUACUGAUACAGUUUCCAAGGCAUGGCUCGCGGACAAGAAUCCUCCGUCUCGUGAACAUUGAAGACGAGCAAUGGUCUUACAACCACACGAUGGAGCGUCUUCUCUUCAGGGAGCCUUACCGGCUUGCCUCGAUGUCUCUCAGCCAAACUGACUGUCUACUGGCAACAAUGGACGACGGCCCAGAUGGCGCGUGCUUUUUCUCCAUGCACUGGCUUCCUGCUCCAGAUAACGAUGGCGGCUAUAACUGGCCGACAAUUGCUCAACCAACUCGCAUCACCCCAGCGCACCCAAUGACCUUCUGGGAUACUGCAGCAUGCCCUUCAACCACAGAUCCCGUCUUCGCCAUUGCCGCUUCAGAGGGCCUCCAUACCAUCCACGGUGGCGAGAACAGCUGGCUAAUGAAGAAGCACGAGAUCGAAACUGGUCCGAGAUUUCCCGGGAUGAAGAAGCGCUGGUGGCCCGAUAAAAACGGUGUUGUUUCUGUCGAAUGGCUCAACCAGGAUGUUAUUAUGUCCGGUCGGAAGAACGGGGCCAUUCUCUUCAACGACCUGCGAACUGGCACAAGCACGAAUCAUUUCCAGCACUCCGACUCGGCCAUGCAACUUCGAAAGGUGGACGACUGGCGAAUCGUCGCCGCUGGCCCUCGUUAUCUGCACAUGUUUGACUUGCGUUAUGCUCCAAAUGGUGCUAAGGAUAUUGAGCGCCACAAGAAGCCGCUGAUCGCCAACUCAGAUGCGACUCGGCCCUACCUGCAUUUCCAGAACUAUUUGCCACUGCCAAUGCCAACUAUAGACAUCAGUCCAGAUCUGGGACUCCUUGCAAAUCCCUCGCCUGACAACACCGUCCAAGUCUUCUCUCUCCACACCGGGCGUCAGGUUCCCUCCCCUCUUAGCCAGCACAGGUACAAGUCCACUCCGAGUUGUGUAAGCUUCGAGGCUGGCAACGAUUCCCCGGCGUGGAAGGGACCUGAGACGCUGAGUAUGCUGGUUGGCAUUGACGGCGUUGUAGAUCAGUGGAGCUGGUGA